ACGCUGACGUGCGUGUGGGCCAGUGGGUGUGUGCGUGUGUGCGUGGGACUUUCCACAGCAGCGCGGAACCAUGGCGGCAGCUACUCAUGCAGAGAUAUUUAUCGGAUUAGUUUGGGGUUGAUUUUGCGACAAGCAGACUUGAGAUAUUGAACAAAUCUUAGUUAUGCCGUCCCCCAGCUGGUCACCUGGCAGAGGCCAUUCCUGAGGCACUGAGUAAUUGGAUAUGUUGCACCAGAUGGAGUGGGUUUCUUCAGAUGAUGAUCUGGGAGCAUUUCUGGACGGCACCCCUCACUUAUCUGAAUCUCCUCAGUCGAAGCCCUCCACCACCAACAUCUCGGAACAUGAAUUCUCCUGUCACUGUUGCUACGACAUCCUAGUGAACCCCACCACCCUGACCUGUGGCCAUAACUUUUGUCGCCACUGUCUGGCUCUGUGGUGGGAAUCCUCUCACAAGAAUGAGUGCCCAGAAUGCAGGGAGAAGUGGGAAGGCUUUCCUAAAAUCAACAUACUGCUGAGGGAUGCAACUGACAAGUUGUUCAGUGAGGUCAUUCAGCGGCGGAGGUUAGAGAUCCAGACUAACCCCAAAAUCUCCCGGAGCUUGCUGGCCUUCCAGAGGUAUGGUGACAACUUGGGUAGAUCCAGAACAAACCAACACAAAGGAGCAGGUUUCUUCUUUUCUGGAGUCCUAACUGCACUCACAUGUGUGGCUGUGAUGGUGCUGGUAUAUCACUGGAGCUGUGGUGUAGUUGACCAGCACGACCCGUUGAUCAGUAAACCUGUGUCUCGCUGGACGCCGGAGGAUGUUGUGUCCUGGCUGGAUCACUUGGGUCCCUGGGCCCAGCUGUACAGAGAACCCUUCCAGCAGGAGAACGUCAAUGGGAGGCUACUGUUGAUGCUGGGGGAUGAAGAGUUGUUAAAACCUCCUUACAGUAUAGAAAAUCAGGCUCAUCGUCGGGCUGUUCUGGCUGAACUGGACAGAGUCAAGACCCUGGGGGUCAAACCUCCGCAGAACCUGUGGGAGUACAAGGAUGCUAAUGCGGGCAAGUCUCUGUUCUUGCUCUAUGCACUGAAGCGCUCCCCUCGUCUCACACUGUUCUAUCUGUAUUUAUUCGACUACUCGGAAACCUUCCUGCCCUUCCUGCACACCUGCUGUCCAGCCAUCAGGGACAUCGACCAGCCAGUGGAGAUCAGCUUCCUGAACGCACAGUUGGAGCCCAGUUGGCGACAGUGGGCCGAGUUUCUGGUAAAAUACCUCCUGCUUCCAUACCAGCUGAUAGCAGAGUUUGCUUGGGACUGGCUGUCCGUCCACUACUGGACAUCUCGCUUCAUUAUUGUUAACACCAUGCUGCUGUCUGUGCUGGAAGGCUGUGCCCUGUGGAGACUCUGGACAAGAGCCACCAUCAGGUCUCUACCCCGCAAGAUGUGGAACCACUUGUGGAAGAUGUUAUCUCAGGGGUUUGUCUUUGCCCUCCUGUGGCCUUUCAUCCCUCAGUUUGUGUGCAACUGCUUCUUCUACUGGGCUCUUUACUUCAGUCCUAUUAUUAAUAUAGACCUGGUGGUCCAGCAGCUAAUGCACCCAGAAACACAAGCACUGUAACAUACUGCAUGCAGUCAGGGCCCAAUUAAUGCCAUACGCAUUCGCAGCAAAUAAAAUAGCCAGAAAUCCUGUUCCUGCAGAGGAGAACUGUUUAUCUUUGGCAGUAAACUCUCAGAGGACUGGUGUAUUUGCUGUUGGAAGAGAAGUUUUCUUGCUUCCUUGUUUCUCUCUUGGACAGCUGCCAUGUGGAUCAAAAGAGGCAUCAAGCUAUUGUAUGAGAAGCAAAACUAACAAGACGAGAAGCAAUGAAAGUUCUAUGAUAUAUAUGAUCAGGAGAGAUUACCGCAGUGAUCUCUGUGUGUGUACAGUGUAGUCGUAAACUGCAUUGCCUGACUGGUCCAGAGGGCAGUUGAUAAGUCAAAUGAUAAGUCAUAAGUUCCAACACUGGUGGUGGUGAAGGUGAAUUGGUGAAGUUUUCUGAUAGCUUUGUGGCACUGAGAUGGCUGUGGACUUCUUUAAGCAUAUAUUGACUUGGCUUUCGAGGUAGAACAAACCAGGUUUGAUAUAUUCAGAUGCUAUAAAGUCUCACUUUGACAGAAAUUUGUCCAACCUUAUUAUACACAAAUUUUAAUCUUCUUUGGGUCAUCACUUGGUGCUGCACAGCUGUCUGAAAAUUCAUUCUGCAAGGUUUGUAAACAUGAUUGUUUUAGUUCUGCAGCCUGAUGGGAGUGUCAGAUUUUACAGUUGAUUCAAGGGAGAAAACAACAUCUUGCAAUACAUGUGGCACUUAGAAAUGCCCUUAAUUUUGUUUGAGAUUCUGAAACAUAUCUUUUUCUAAUUAUCAAGAUUUUAAGGAGAAACUGUCCAUUGCAGAUAUUAUUUGCUGGUACUGCUGACAAAUAUUGCUUUGCACAUUUUUUUUAUUGUUCAAAAUUGUUGUUGUUGUUGUGUUAACAGAAUACAUUACCAUGUGAUGGGAGGUUGAAGCUAAUCAAAGAACUUUUAUUUUUUACAUAGUUCAUUUGCACUUAAAAGUUCUACACUGUGAUUUUGUUUUUCAGUGUUCUCUGAUGACAAAGGAAAAAAAUAAAGAUUUUUACAUGAUGUUA